AUGGCAGGCCUCCACAUACCCGUAUCCGAUGCCACCGUCCGCGUGCGCAUGGUAAAUACCAGCGGCGUUAUGGUCGUCAAUGCGAAACCCUUCAUCGAGCCCGUGCAGUCAGGCCACGAGACACUCAACCUCCCUGUCGCCGCAUUCCUUCUCGACCAUGGCCCCUCUGGUCGGAAAAUCAUGUUCGAUCUCGGCGUUAGAAAGGAGUAUUGGAAGCUCCCGGCGUCUCUGCAGAAACGGUUGGGGUUUGUUAUUCCAGCGUUGAGAGUUGAUGAGGAUACGACAGAGAUUUUGGAACAGAGAGGGGUGGCCCUGGGGGAGAUUUCGAGCGUGAUCUGGUCGCAUUACCACUGGGAUCACACCGGGAGCAUGGAGCUCUUCCCCAAGUCAACACAGCUGGUCGUCGGUCCCGGUUUCAAGGCGUCGCCGCGACUUUUACCAGGCUUCCCCGAGAACAUAGACUCGCCCAUUGAUUCAAGGGCUAUCGAGGGGCGCGAGCUACGGGAAAUCGUAUUUGACGAUUCCUUUCAGAUCGGUGGUUUCCGUGCGCACGACUUCUUCGGCGACGGCUCCUUCUAUCUACUGGACACCCCCGGCCACUGCCUGGGCCACAUUUGCGGCCUUGCCCGGACUACCCCGGGCCCUGAAAGCACUUUUGUCCUUCUCGGCGGGGACAUUUGCCACUUCCCUGGAGUGUUUCGGCCAAGCCCCCAGCUACCCCUUCCAGACCCGAUCCCAAGCGGCGUUCUGGAUAGUGGCACAACCUAUUUCCCGCGGGUCUGCCCCUGUUCCCUCUUUGCAGAGGCGCACCCUCUUCGCGACAGCAUUCCCGAGAACUCUGAACCAGGGGCCCAUCCAUUUUAUCACGUUUCUACGGACGAAAGCGCCGCGUACAUUGAUCCCGCGGAGAGUCAGCGGUCCGUCGAGAAGCUCGUCCACUUCGACACGAGCCCCGAUGUGCUGGUUUGUCUGGCCCAUGACGAGACGAUGCUGCGUCAACUGCCGACGUUGAAUGAAGCGCCGGACGAUGAUCUGAAUGGGUGGCGACUGAGAGGGUAUAAGGAGAGAGUGCACUGGGGGUGGUUGAAUGAGCUGUCGCGUGGGGGGAAACCUGGGAGACCGAGGGCUAUUGAGGGGUUUUGGAGAGAUAAGAAGGUGUGGGAGGGGGCGAAGGAGGAGUUGAAGCGGAAUGGGGAGAGUGCGUCGGGGGUGUCGUUGUGA